AUCGCGACUCUCUCUGCGAAUUGAGUUUGUAUAUUUUUUUCUCCGAACGAAAACGCAGAAACUGCGAUUGUUCGUCACUUUUUCUUCUCUUCGCUUGAUCGCGUCGCGAUCCGAAUCGAGAGGGUUUGCGUUGUUUGUUUCGAGGUUUUUCUCACGGAAGAAAAAACUUUAGCUAGCUGCAUGAGCUGGUUGGGGAAGCUGCGUUUAUUCUCGAAUUUGAAUUCCAUUCGCUCCGUUACUUGUUUGUUAAUCUUUAUCCUCCAUUUUUCACCUCAAUUAAUAAAUUCUUCGCCCUUAAUCGAAAUUAAUAGUAGUAGUAAUCUCAAUCGUAAUACCCGAUCAUUAUCAACGCAAUAUGGAGUCUCGAGUUAAGAGCAAUUCUCAAUUGCGCAGAGCUGAUUGCUUUGGAAAGGUUGAUGGGCAGUUGCAGAGGUCACCAUCUGUUAUUGUCAUUGGUGGUGGCAUGGCUGGGGUUGCUGCGGCUCGGGCACUUCAUGAUGCCUCAAUUCAGGUUGUCCUCUUAGAGUCGAGGGAAAGACUUGGUGGCCGGAUUCAUACUGAUUAUUCUUUUGGCUUCCCUGUUGACCUAGGAGCAUCAUGGUUGCAUGGAGUUUGCAAGGAGAAUCCACUGGCUCCAUUGAUUGGGAGGCUUGGAUUACCUCUUUACCGUACAAGUGAGGAUAACUCUGUCCUCUAUGACCAUGAUUUGGAAAGCUAUGCACUUUUUGAUAUGGAUGGUAUUCAAGUUCCCCAAGAACUUGUAAAAAAAGUUGGUAAAGUAUUUGAGAUGAUUUUAGAUGAGACAGAUAAAGUCCGACAGGAACUCAGUGAAGACAUAUCCAUACUCCGGGCACUUUCAAUUGUUUUCGAAAGAAAGCCAGAAUUCAGGUUAGAGGGGCUUGCCCACAAGGUGCUCCAGUGGUAUUUGUGCAGAAUGGAGGGUUGGUUUGCUGCAGAUUCCGAUACCAUAUCACUCAAAUGUUGGGAUCAGGAAGAAUUGCUUCCUGGUGGUCAUGGUCUUAUGGUCAGGGGCUACCUGCCUGUUAUACACACAUUGGCUAAGGGUCUUGACAUUCGCCUGGGACAUAGGGUCUCAAAAAUCGAAAGGCGAUAUAAUGGAGUAAAGGUGACAGUGGAAAACGGAGAGACAUUUAUUGCCGAUGCUGCUGUUGUUGCUGUACCUCUUGGGGUGUUGAAAGCAAAGAGCAUAAAGUUCGAGCCGAAGCUCCCUGAUUGGAAAGAGGCUGCCAUUGCUGACCUUGGGGUUGGGAUUGAGAACAAAAUAAUUUUACACUUUGAGAAUGUGUUUUGGCCUAAUGUGGAGUUCUUGGGAGUGGUUGCUGAGACAUCUUAUGGAUGCAGUUACUUUCUCAAUCUCCAUAAGGCCGCAGGUCACCCUGUUCUUGUUUACAUGCCUGCUGGGCGGCUGGCCAAAGACAUUGAGAAAAUGUCUGAUGAAGCAGCUGCUAACUUCGCUUUCAUGCAGCUCAAGAAGAUCCUUCCAGAUGCUUCCUCCCCGAUUCAGUAUCUUGUGUCACGGUGGGGAACAGAUGUUAAUUCAUUAGGCUCUUACAGUUAUGAUGCAGUUGGGAAGCCACAUGAUCUGUACGAGAGGCUGAGAGUGCCUGUAGAUAACUUAUUCUUUGCAGGGGAAGCAACAAGCGCGCUCUAUCCGGGGUCCGUGCAUGGGGCAUUCUCUACUGCGAUGAUGGCAGCAGAGGACUGCAGGAUGCGCGUUCUGGAGCGAUAUGGGGAGCUUGAUCUGUUCCAGCCUGUGAUGGGAGAGGAGGCUCUGUCCAUACCUCUUCUGAUAUCACGUUUGUAAAUCAUUCCUUUACGUUGGGUUUAUGUGUCAUGCCUUGUUAUGGUGUUGUGAAUCUUUGUACCUUGAGAGUGCUGAGACCCAUGGAGUCUCAAUUUGAAUAAUCUCACGAAAACUGCAUAAUACAUUAUUAUUGUUGUGCC